GCGAUUUGGACCCUGCCCUGGCCCCUUAAGAUGGCGAGCGGGAUGCUUGGCCCCGGCGGGGAAGGCGCCUGCACCGCGCUGGACGGCAAAGACGAGGCUGCGGGCGCCGCGACCGGAGCAGCAGCGGCGGCGGCGGCGGCGGCGGGAGGAGGAGGAGACGGCGACAGCAGCAGCCCCAGCACGUCCAGGCUCGCUACUACUACUACUACUACUGUUGCUGCUACAGCUGAGGAGGACCAGGAGCCGGUGGAGAGCGCUCCUUGCCCGCCCCCUGCUCAGCCCCCGCAUCAUCUGAUGCUCCUGCUGAGGAGAUCCCCCAGUACCUCCCUCUGCCUGGUACAGGAAGAAGACGCCUUGCUGACCGGGGGCCACACCACCAUGGGGCGAGGGGCCGCUGCCGUGGGGCCCGCAGGACGGCCCGGCCCCCAGGCGUCAUCCGGCCGGGCUAUUGCCCCAACGACACCGGUUGCCGCUGCGACUCUGGGGGACGACGUGAGGAAAUGCGGCUACCUGAGGAAACAGAAGCAUGGCCACAAGCGCUACUUCGUGCUGCGGGCGGAGAGUCACCUGGCCCCGGCCAGGCUGGAGUACUAUGACAGCGAGAAGAAGUUCAAGAGCAGUUUGAGGGCGGCGGCGGCAGCUGGGGGGAACGUGGCCCUCUGCUGCCCGCCUCCCAAGCGGGUCAUCCCGCUGUACCAGUGCUUCACGGUGAGCCGGAGGGCUGAUGCCAAGCACAAGCACAUCAUCGCCCUAUAUACCAAGGAUGAGUAUUUUGCCAUGGUUGCGGAGAAUGAGGCUGAACAGGAGGGCUGGUACCAGGCAAUCAGUGAGCUCAUGAGUCAAAGCAAGAGAGGGUUCUUGGAACAAGAAGACCAGGCUGAUCAGCAACUGGAUGACGAUGAUGAGCAUUACGGGGCUUCUCUUCGGCCGGGGACUGUGUUCAAAGAAGUCUGGCAAGUCAAUGUGAAGCCCAAGGGACUGGGGCAGACAAAGAAUUUGACAGGGGUGUACAGGCUGUGCCUCUCUAGCAAGGCCAUCCACCUUGUCAAACUGAAUACUGAGGUACCUUCUGUCCACCUACAACUAAUGAACAUUCGUCGAUGUGGACACUCAGAAAACUUCUUUUUCAUUGAAGUGGGCAGGUCUGCCUCCAUUGGGCCUGGUGAGCUGUGGAUGCAAGUGGAUGACUCAGUGGUUGCCCAAAACAUGCACGAAACCUUUCUAGAAACCAUGAAAGCUUUGAAAGCCUUCUCUGAAUUCAGACCUCGCAGCAAGAGUCAGUCUUCUGGCGGUGGUAGCAGCACCAACCCCAUUUCCUUCAUCACCACCAGGAGGCACCUUGGCAACCUGCCACCCAGCCAGACUGGCUUACAAAGAAGAUCCAGAACUGAAAGUGUUACUGGGGGGACCCCUCCCACCACCAAGAGUAGUAGUUCUUAUCGCUUCAGAACUUCCAGUGAAGGGGAGGGGACAAUGACCAGACCGUUUAGGUCCGUUACAGGAAGUCUUAUUCACCUGAAUACUGCAAGGAUGAAUUUGGGGCGUCAAGAAGGGAGUGGGCGAUACGUUAGAGCUGCAUUUACCUCUUCUUAUCACACCAGGUCUGCCUCUCUGCCAGUAUCUCAUUUUCCUUCCACCACUAGUCCCAUCAGUGUUUCUUCAAGUAGUGGCCAUGGAUCAGCUUCAGAUACCCUUGUAAGGCCUUCCAGCUCAUCUGUCUGUGGGUCCCCGAGCGAUGGAGGCUUUAUUUCUUCAGAUGAAUAUGGUUCCAGCCCUGGAGACUUCAGGUACUUUCGUGUGAGGAGUAAUACCCCAGAUUCCUUGGGUAAUACACCACCAAUCAGAGAAGAAAAUUGCUUAAGUGAAUACAUGUCUAUGAGUAAGCAGCAAAUGGAUAAUAAUAGUUCAAGAGAUGAUUACCGGGAGGCUGAAAAAUGUUUCAGAAAAAGAACUUACUCUUUAACUAAGCCUGCUUCUAUACCAGGGCAGCAGAAAACAACCCAAACUGCAACUUCUUUAGAUGAGGAUUCUGCAGGAAGCCAUGGACGUCUGCCUUGUUCUGAAUCGCCAAAAUUCAAAAAUAACCCAGAACUUGAGUAUGGGGAACCUCCCCUUGAUUCUGUAUGUAAUCAAAGCAGGAAUAAAGCCAGAGAUGAUGGGUACAUGCCAAUGAUGCCAGGAGUUGCAUCUCCCCUUGCAAGCAACAGUGAUUAUCUGCCAAUGACUCCUAAAAGUGUGUCUGUCCCCAAACAGAUAAACAAUUCUUGGUCAUCAUCUCAGGCUGACUCCAAGGGAUAUAUGAUGAUGUUUCCCAGGGCUAUCUCCUCACCUGUACGUAGUCCUUUAACUGGAUUUAAUUCUAAAAGCGGUAAUGAGAAGUUGGCAAAUAAUGAGUAUAUGGAUAUGUCACCUGGAAAUUCAGCUGCUCCAAAGCAACCUGGUGAUUCAAAUUAUAUGCUUACCAACACUGGUUCCAAAAACUUCGGCUCAUAUUUCUCUCUCCCGCGAAGUUUUAAGACUCUUUCAGGGGAAAAUGGAGAAAAUGAUGAAAAUGAUGAGUACGUUCCAAUGUCAUCCCCUGGAAAACUAUUGUAUAGUGGGUCUGAAAAUGGUAAAAGUGUCAGUAACGAUGUUCUGGCUAAUGGCCUUUCCAAAUCAUCUCUCCUGAAAGCUUCAGAUGAAAGCCUUGCACAGAACAGAGUUAUCAGGCCUACAAGACUUCCGCUAGGUACUAGAGGUAGUAAUACCAUACCAAGAAUGUAUGAUCGUACAAUUCCACUUGAGCCAUCCAGCCCUGGUGAAUAUAUAAAUAUUGACUUUGGUGAAAAAGCAAGUAAUACGCCAUAUUCUUUAUCUGCAGAAGGUUCUCCAUCAUCUCUUGGUUCCAGUAGUGACCAUAGGCAGUCGCCACUUUCUGACUAUAUGAGUGUCGACCUUGAUGUUCAGUCACCAAAAGCUGCUAAAGAACUAUCCAACUCUUUGACAGAUAUUUCAAUUUAUGCAAGUUCUAGUAUACCCAGAAACCCACCUGACUCUGAUUAUGCUAGGCUCUCGUUUGGUACUGCUUGUGUUAACACAGCAAGUGGUAGAAUUGAUGACUACACCGAGAUGACCUUCAACAUGGCAGCAACGCCACCUGGACCAUUUGCCACAGAAAGCAAAAAUGGCUUAAAGAUUGAUAGCCCUCCUUCCAUAGUUAAUAGACUAUGCAUUGUUGACCAAUAUGCUGGUAGCAACAACUUCCCUGUUCCUAGUCCUGAUCCUCCAGUUGUACCUAAAGUCAUCCGCGCUGACCCACAAGGAAGGAGGCGGCAUAGCUCUGAAACCUUUUCUUCGGCAGCUACUGUUACCACUUCCUCCUCUUUCUUUACUGACAGUAGUAAAAGACACAGCUCUGCCUCUUUUGACAAUGUGUGGUUGAAACCUGAAGAACACAUUUCAGACGCCCAUGAAAGCAAGAUGUGCAGAGAUACUUCAACUGGAUUUCAGAAUGGCUUAAACUAUAUAGCCCUAAAUUUACGAGAGAAUUCUCUAAACUGUGAGGAAAGCCCUAAUACACCGAACUGCCAUCUCCCAAAUGGUACUCUGAAUCUGGAAAGUGGAGUAUAUGUAAGCAUAGACUUCAGCAGAUCAGAUGGUCUCAAGUGCAACUCUGCAAGGAAAGACUGAUGGCAUUGCCAUGGAAACCAUUGUGAGAAGAGCAGGAUUUCCAGCUGGUAUCUCCAUAACUGUGUGGUGCUUUUGGAAGCAGAGCCCAUCUCCAGCCAACUCUGUUCACUUCCACCAGCACAGACACAGACGUGCAUCAUUGGAAUGAUUUUUCAUCGAGUGGUGGUUGAGUCUACAGUUGUGCUAAUCCGAAUGAACUUUUGUCAUAAAUGAGUUUUGCAGAUGGAGGUUUCUCUCCCCCCCCCCUUCCCCCCUUUAGCAUAUCUUUCUGGGAGACAAUGUGAAAGCUGGAGUAGAAAUGAUAACUUCCUGUGCUACUUCUACACUUUCCCCAUCAGUUUCUGUUCUGAGAAGUCACUUGGUGUCUGAGAAUCUACCUAAUGGGUUUUGCUUUUCUAGUACUUGAAGUGAUUGCUUAAAUGUUUUAUAAAUGAUUUAGAGUUAUUAUUAUUAUUAUUAUUAUUAUUAUUAUUAUUAAUAUUAUUAUUUUGGCAUUUAAAACCCGUUUUGAGGGGAUGGGAACAACAGGCUAAGACUAUGAUCCUAAGCAUACUUAUUUGUAAGUCUCAUUGAAAUCAGUGGGUCAUAUUUUCAAGACUUAAGGCCUGCAGCCAAGGUUUUGGAAAGUAAAAUUCCAACAUACACACACACACACAGAGCCCUUCCCACCUCGUGCUCCCUAAUAAGUAGAUUCUGGGAGAAUCUCUCUCUCCUGUCUCGCCCUGCGCAUGCUCUUUCUGUUGCCUGUCUGUUUCUCUUGGCAUGCACCGUAAGAGGCUAUUGUUUGCCUUCACUUGCCUCAUGCUCUGGCCAGGACAAAGAAAGGAGGAGGAGAAGUCCCUGCCUCUCUUUACCCUCCUACCUCCAACUCUGGUCCUCAUCAUCUGUGACUACAUUUAGCGCUUGUUCUGCCAGCGGCCACUGCUGGAGCAAACAGCAAAGAGAGCUGCAGUUGCUCUGAGGACCAGGUAGAUUGCAGAGUGGGAUAUGGGUAGGGAUGCAGCAGGGCUUCUAGUCCUCUUUCCUUCUUACAGAAAGGGAAAGCGGCAAGUGAAAGUCAUGAUCCUGCACACAGUUACAUGACAGCAAGCACCAUUCAACUCAUUGGGACUUACUCACAGGUAAAAUGUGCAUAGGAUCGGGCUGUAACCAAGUGUCCUGUCUUUCUCUCACGCACUGCUCCUCUCUGGCUCCCUCCUCCUGGGCUGAUGCACGCGCAAGUUGUGGUAAAACUUCACAGCCACAUGAGCAAUACGCUAUGAGGGAGAGAAACGGUACUUAAGCGAGACCUCUCUCCUCUUUGUUUUGUUUAAUUUCACUUUAUGGUACAAGAGAUUUGUGGAUGCUCUAUCUUUUAUUUUUGUACAAUCCUACGUCCUCUUUAAGUGUAAGAUGGUUAAGAAUAUCUGGAAUGUAAAGGUAGAACUGAAGAAUUGGAUAUAUCUUGAUUAUAGUUUAAAAAAUUAUCUGACAUCUCCCUGUAUAGUUACUUCUAUUGAUUUAUAAAUUUUGGAUAAGUGGGGAGUUGAUUUUUUAUAAGUUCAAAUGGAAAAAAUAAUAAUUGCAGACUCUGCAACUGUAUAUUUACCCUUGCAGUACAAUGUUGAUGUGCUGUAGAGCUUUUAUAGAGAGAAUCCCUUAAUCUUAAACUUUGGUAAAAGAUUUCUUUUAUUUGGAGCCACUUUUUUUUCAAACUUAGGCAAAGCAUUACUAAUACUGUCCUAUUAUUAUGCCUAAUAUGGGGGAAUGGAAGACAUUUUCUUACUAGGGGUAUUGUUUAAAAUUGGAAAUUGAAAAUCGUAGUCAGAAAGAAGCCAGGUGCCUCAUUUCGUAGGCUUAUGUCAUUAAAGAGCAUGACGCUAGUUAUUGGUACCGACACUAGUUGUAGGUACAUAUAGUAUAUACUAAUAAUUAGAAGCACUGAUAAUUGAAAGGGUUGAAAGCAGUACACAAAUCCUCAGGCACCACACAGCUGGUACUCCUCUACAUUGUAUAUUGUACAAGUAUUGAGUAAGGGUUGCCUCACCUUGUGACAUCUGACCUUUUCAAAAUACUAGACCAGUUUGUAUAACAAAUUAGACCCUGCUGUCAGUUUUGAUGUUCAUUACUGUAUACUGGAAUCUAUUUUGGUUAGACUUAAUAGACAUGUCACAAAAUGAUAUAGGUAACUUUUGGCAAAUGUAGCUGGCAUCCAUAAGAUUAUGCGGAACCCAGUAAUCAGAAAGAAAGAAAGAAAGAAAAAAUGCUGCAGGGUUUAAAAGCACAGAUGAGUUUCUGAAUCUAGAAAAGCAAGGUUUUCAAGAGUACAGUUAACUAGUUGCUGCUAAACAGAUUUUAACUUAAAAACAUGACCACUUUUCUAGACCACAAUACUGUCUUGCCAUGUGCGUUUUGUUUGGACUCUGUAAAUUAACAAUGCAAUAGGUACUGCCUUUUUUAAAAAAAGGUUUACAUCUUUUUAUUUAAAAAAAAAAGAAAUUUGGGUGAUAGUUCAAAAGAUGAAUUGUGAAAAAGGUUUAACAAAUGUUACAUUCUUUACAUAUUAGAUCGUGAGGCUGCCAUGGUACAAUAUACAGCACUGAUUUUUACAAAUGCUGAAUGAAUAAGCAAAUGGGUAACCUCAACUCUACUGGUACAAAUACUAACAGGUACAGCAUAAUAAAUAUGCAAUCUUUUUUGUCUUAGUUUACAGCAACUAACUUAUUCAGUAUUGUGCUGGAAGACCAUUUUCCAACUAUGUAAAACAUAUCACUAUGUGGGCAAACUUCCAGCCACCCGUUUUAUGCUGCUGUAUAGUACAGAAAAACCAAUGAUGGAACAAUGUUUGUCCUGUAAAUUUUAAUUUGAUAUUGGACAGUUAUUGUCUGUACAAACUAAAACAUAUAUGGUUGAAACUGUUCAUUAUAUUUGCUAUUUCUGCUUCACUGAUCUGUUUAAAAGUUUGAGCUGAUUGAUCCGGCUUUGUCUUCCAUUGUAAAUAUUGUUACAUUGUUUUUCAUGGUAAAAUGCAACACAUUUGCAAUUUUGGGAGACUGGCUUAAAGCGCUGUAUAGUGUUUAUAUUUAUCUGAAUUGGCUUUCCAUAGAGCUACUUGCAGUAAAUGUGUUCAUGGUA